UUUAAAGUAAUAAAAAAUAACUUAUUUAUAUCUCUCAAUAUAUAAUAAAUAUAUUUUCAAAGUAAUAGAAAUAUUUUUUUAUCUAUCUAUUUUCUUAGAUGAUUACAUAAAAUAAUUAAAUAACAUAAACCUAUAUAUGUAUAAUUGAAUAAAAAUAGUUUAUAAUUAUUAUUAUUGAAUUUUGUUUUUCAUAAUUUUAGCUGACUAUGAUAUCUUACAAUUACAGUAAAAAAUACGUCUAAAUUAUAUUUAACAUAUAUAAUAUGAUCUCACAAAAAAUCACAAUUUUAGUGCUGAUUUUAAGAGAUAAUAAAAAUGGAACCUAAAAAUAUUUUUUUAUAAUAAGCCUAUUUUGAUUAAAAAAAAUUUCAAAAUCCUUACUGAAAUUUUUUCCUUCAUAUUUUGUUUCUUUUUAAUUCUUUGUUUUUUUAUGUUUGUGGAACUUAAUAUACCCAUAAUCAAAAUACCCAAAAAAUCUGAAUUCUUAUUUUUAGGCAUACAAUUACUUAGAAGUUAUAAAAUAUUUUAAUUAUUAUAAAUAUUGAUAUUCGUUCAUGAGCUUACAAAAAUUUAUCAGCUAUACUUAUAUAUGUAGUUUCUUAUUGAUCAUCCUUUUAUUUUCUAAUAUUCGUUAAAAAAUUAACAUAUUAUUUGAUAAAUAUUAUGAAAAUACAUGCACAUUUUAGUGAAAAAUAAAACUAAUUUGAUUUGACUUAACUAAAAAACAAAAAUAAUUAUACUUGAGUUUAAAUUUGAAAGAAUAGAUGUAACUCAAUAUUCAUUAUACUCACAACAUGAGCCACUCGACUAAUCCAACUUAUAUCCAAAAUAAAAUAUCUAACUACAAUAAAAUAAAAUAAAAUUUUAUAAUAAGGAUCUAUUUAUUUUUAUACAUAUAAAUUGCAGGAUGAUUCAAAACAUAUAAAUAAAUAAAAAUAAACUAUUUACUAAUUGUUACAAUAUAGUUUAUAUAUAUGUAUGAGACUUCAUAAGCAAUAUAUCAAAAUUCAUAUGUAUAAUUAAAAUAAAAUAAUAUUAUUAAUAUAUUAUAUAUUAUAUAUAUAUUAUAAAUUUAUUUAAAACCAAAAGUAAAUAUCAAUUAAUUAUAAUAUAUUAACUUUAUAAAGACUUAUACCAUGAGCACGAAAGAAUCAUCUAGUAUAUGUAUAUUAAACGAGUUGAACAUGAUAUUUACGAAUCCCCCCUCCCAUAAAUAGUGUUAGGGAUCCCUUGAUUAUCUCCUUCCCACUCCUCUCCCUCCAAAAACAUAUCACACGACACAGAAAAAAAAAAAAAAAAAAAGGCUCGCAAGAAAAUUCAAAUUUUAAUCUGGAAUAUAAUCGAAAACCUAUGUAUAGCUAUGGCGAAUCGAGACGGCGUGAACGGGAAACUCGAACGGAAGAAGACGAUGACGAUGAACUGGGCGGGGUUAGGCGACGUUGAAGACGACGACGAUCACUUCUUCGAGAGCUCCAACCGUAUCUCCACCGUCGUACCCGUAGAUUUAGCAUCGUCCUCCGACGAGGAAGGCGAGUUCGACGAUUGCCGGAUCUCCUUCUCUCGCCCUCCUCCUCCCGAGCCGAACAAUAUGUCGCCGGAUUACGAUAUCUGGAUGUCGGCGCCGGGAUCUAUAACGGAGCGGAGACGCAAGCUUCUCAACGGAAUGGGGAUCGAGUCGAAGAGGAGCAUGCUCGGAGCUAUCUCGAUCCAGCGCGUGAGCAAUAAUCCUGCCGUUACAGAGGUUAAUAAGGAAACGCCUCCUCGGGAGAUAGUUCAACAGCUUCAUCCAUCUUCGGUUAUGAUCGUACGGUCCAGAUCCGAUUCUGACAUCGAAUCGUCUUCAGCUGAGAAGAAGAGGAAAGACGAAAUGUUAGGGAAAACGUCUAAAUCGCGUCUCACCAGAACCGCGUCUGCGGCUGGGAGAACUUGCCAGCACUCCACGCAAGCUCAAUCCUCACCGUCGCGGCGCGAAACAAACGCGCGAUCACAAGGCCAACGGGCUGCGAUGCUUUCUUCUGCGAUUUCAAACACUCAGUUCAGCGCCUUCUUCCUGAUAAAGAACCUCGACACAGGCAAAGAGUUCGUCGUGAAGGAGUACGGCGAGAACGGGAUGUGGAACCGUCUCAGCGAUAUCCAAACGGGGAAGCAGCUGACGAUGGACGAGUUCGAGAAGAGCGUCGGAUACUCAUCAGUUGUUAAGGACCUCAUGCGGCGCGAAAACGCGAGCUCGACUGUUGAUAUGAGGAAGUUCAAUUCGUACGUGUCGAAGAGCUUGAGAGUGAGCAAGAAGAAAGGAGCUGCGUUGCUGAAGAACAUAAAGGGUGUGGCCCACUCAAUGAGCUCCAAGGCUUCUUCGGAGAAGGAUUCGUCUACUGGUAGUGGUACAAGCAGUCCUAAAGUAGUUGACGGGAAGGGGAACGACCAGACGAGUCAGUGGGUGAAGGUGAGGCAUUCAGGGAAGUCUCAUAAGGAUCUAAGUGCGUUGCAUUUGUGCCAAGAGAUUCAAGCUCAUCAAGGAGCUAUUUGGACUAUGAAGUUUAGUCUUGAUACUCAUUUGUUAGCAAGUGGAGGGGAGGAUUGCGCGAUUCAUGUGUGGGAGGUUCAGGAAUGUGAGAUUAUGUCGAUGAACGAAGGGAGCUUGACGCCCAUUCAUCCUUCAAUGUCUGCUUCUUCUUCUGAAGGUGAUGAUUCAGAAGUGCACAAUGAGAAGAAGAAAAAAGGGAAAGAAUCAUCUGCUAAAAAAGGAAGUCAGAUGCCAGAUUAUGUCCAUGCUCCUGAAACUGUCUUCUCGCUGUCGGAUAAACCAAUGUGCUCUUUCACUGGUCAUUUGGAUGAUGUUUUGGACUUAUCUUGGUCUCGGUCAAAUCUAUUGCUUUCAUCUUCUAAGGACAAAACCGUGCGAUUAUGGGAUAUUGAAACUCAAAGCUGCCUAAAACUGUUUGCCCACAAUGACUAUGUUACUUGUGUACAUUUUAAUCCACUGGAUGAAGAUUACUUCAUAAGUGGCUCUCUUGAUGCUAAGAUCCGUAUUUGGAACAUAUCAAACCGUCAAGUUGUGGAGUGGAAUGAUCUAAAUGAAAUGGUUACUGCUGUUUGUUACACUCCUGAUGGUCAGGCUGCAUUUGUAGGCUCACAUAAAGGGAAUUGCCGGCUUUACAGUGCAGAGGAUUGCAAGUUGGAGCAAACAAACCAUAUUGAUCUGCAAAACAAAAAGAAAGCUCAAGCUAAGAAGAUCACAGCUUUCCAGUUUUCACCGAUUAAUCCAGCGGAAGUGCUUGUAACUUCUGCUGAUUCACGCAUUCGGAUUCUUGAUGGCACUGAACUUAUUCAAAAAUUCAGAGGUUUCAAAAACACAUGCAGCCAAAUGACAGCAUCGUACACGUUAGAUGCUAAACACAUUAUCUGCGCAAGCGAGGACUCGCAGGUUUACGUGUGGAAACACGAAGAGCCACGACUAGGAAUCACCGGCAGAAAAACCAUCGCCAUGUGUACUUCGUACGAAGCCUUCCCAUGCAAAGACGUUUCCGUGGCAAUCCCCUGGCAUGGCGUCGUAAAAGGCGAACCACCACCCACUCAUUCCAAGAAAAACCCGAAAAAAACUUCAACCACCACUACACAAUUAGAUGGUAAAAAGUCCGGCCUCCCACCUUUACCUAAAAAGAACAAUGACAACACUGCCGACGGAGAUGCAGAACAACAUCAAGAAGAUGACCUCGCGACGACGGAUACUCCGCAGAACGAAGCAGAGAACAAUACAGGAGAGACGUUAAAGGCAGGGGACUCACCUUCUAUGUCGUUAUCAUCUCGGAUAUCUUCGUGGUCUUGGUUUGAUGGUAGUGGCAGUCAUGGGUCGCAUAAUCAACCAACGGCUUGGGGUAUGGUGAUCGUUACAUCCACCAUCGGUGGCCAAAUUCGAGCGUACCAGAAUUUUGGGUUGCCUCGCAGAGUCAGUCGUCAAGGCUCUCUGUUUUGACGGCGUUCAUGUACAUUAUUUACGUAUAUUUAUACAGUGUACAGCUCCUACGAAGUUCUUGUAUAGUCUACUGAGUUUGAUAUGUAAAUUAUAUAACCACAGAUUGAUAUAAAAAGAAUAGAUCCAAACAUUGUAUUGCAUCAUCAAAACUCAUAUUAAUUUUAGAGUUUUUUUUUUGGUAAAGAAAAAAAUAAAAAAUUGAUUAGAGUUGG